AUGACCCCAAACCAUCAUAUACCUCACGGGAAUGGGCAACCAAUGCUCCUUACCACUGUACCGGACGAGGAGACGCCGAGUACCGUUCAUGGCAAUUCAGCCUGGCAUAACGGAUAUUUCUAUCAGGGGGGAAUGGACAUAAAUACUUUCCAACAUAUGAUCACGCCUUCAUACGACAAUUCGGGACCUGCACCAGCGUUGACUCCUUACGAAAUACAUUCAGGCUCACCGCCGUUGAUGUUUGCAGGGAACAUAUUCAACCGUAAUUCGUUCGAACAAGAUCCCACCGCGCAUCUCAACACCAACAAACUGCUGUUGUGGGAUCCGGUACGACCUAUCCAAGAUAACCCAACCCCAAGGCAGGAGAAUAAGAAACAGAGGAUUAGAGGUCCUGACGUUGGCAUGUCGGGCAACAACUUUGGACAAACGCCGACUGGGUUAGGUAGUCAUGUCAACGUUCAUUCCGUUUCGGACUCUGGUUACGCCACAAGCGUGACGGCGACGUCCAUUGUAAGCCCCUUCUCAGUUGACCAGGCCGUGUAUCCGCCGACGAUAGAUCCCUUUUGGAAUACACCACAGGGUUACCCUCCCCUGCAAAAUCAAUAUGCCUUCGUUGGUGAGCAGCAACAGCAACAGCAACAGCAAAAGCAACAGCAACAGCAGCAGCAGCAGCAGCAGCAGCAGCAACAGCAACAACAACAACAGCAACAGCAAGCUUGCUGGCAGACUAGUAUGGAGGUAAGAUCACAAGUAAACGAUCCGCCGUUUGCAUGCGAUGAAGCUGAAUGUGAAUGGGUUGGAAAGUCUCAAUCAGAUAAAAAGAAGCACGUGAUACGUCAUCAAAAACGUUUCCACUGCACAGAACCCAGCUGCCCUCGAAAAGAGGGCUACGGGACAAUCAAUGACCUGGAGAGACAUCAGAAAAGUCGCCAUGGGAUCAAGCCAACGCAUGGAAAUACAAGCGAGUUCAAGUGCUUCGGGACAAACUGCGCGACAAAAGAUAAGAUCUGGCCUCGGAAAGAUAAUUUUCAACAACAUCUUAGGCGCGUCCACAGGGACGAGAAUACCGACGAGCUUUUACGGCGCUCUAAUAUUUGGUUUGACUCUGUGAAGCAGUCAGGCCUAAACGGUUCAGGGGGACAUAGCUUGCCCACUGGUUCAGCUCAACAGGAGCUUAUAGAUCCAAAUAGCUAUAGGCUCAACCCGCUCCAAGAAACGACUCAAUUAAGCAAUCGGCAAUCUCACCCCUACGGGGCAACCAUCAUAGAUGAGGGGACAUCUAGCAACAAUUCCCACUAUCCACAAGGUAUUCAAUUGGACGAGUGGGACCAUGUUAGCAGUAACACCUUGAACUGCACUAUCAACUCGAUGUCUGUCGAAGCUGGGACGGAAGAUUUAUCCGGCUCUUCACAUGAGGAUCAGAGGUGUCAGCUGAGCUCGUUCAAUGCCUGGGAUGAUAUCGAACUCCCACAGGAUGCUGCUCAACCUUCCGAACACAACGGUGGAGAUAACCCAUCCUCACAAUUCCUUCCUGAAACGAAACAGGGACCUUAUUUUGCUUCAUUCACAGAGGCUAUUCUAGGUCUGUUCGAAGCCAUGGGAAAAUAUGUACCCAACUUACGGCCAGAGCAACUGCGAGAUGGAAACGGUGCUGGUUUAUGUGAGCCGCCAGAUGCUGGUGCCACUGAUUAUCCUUCUCAACUACCUAGUGGCUCCGGCAUGGAGUCAUAUCUUGAGGUAAUUAAGAAUGGGUCAAAGCAAUCUAGGGACAAGGCCCUACGCGAUAUGUUCAAGGCCGGUCUGAAUUAUUUAGAAGCAUCUCAAGUGGAUACAGACAUAGCGCCACCUAGAACCACUAACCUCACCAGUAAGGACGGCCCUCAGCGACGUCGCGAGAAAAAGGUUUUCACAUGUAGCUAUGAUGGUUGUACGCGAGAGACUGGACGGAUGUCUGAGAUGAAAAAGCACGAGAAGCGUCACUCUCGACCGUAUGGGUGCACCCAGCUUGGAUGCCCUAAAAGUUUUGGAAGUAAAAACGACUGGAAACGUCAUGAAAACACUCAGCAUUUCCAGCUCCAGCGCUGGCGUUGUCCAGUAAACCCUUCCCCAAAAGAUCAUGUAACGAUCCGCGAUGAGACACUUAUGGAAGGGCCGGACCAUAAGGAUUUCCCUCCGGCUUUCCUAGUUCGUUCUCAAAUCGAUUGUGCACGAGUCUUUGACCGCAAAGACAGAUUCCAUCAGCACCUCCAAUCCGAACACUCCCUCGACGGGAAGGCCGCAAAGCAAACCGUGAAACGAAAUGAGAUUGGACGAAAUGGACAAUUCCAAUUCUGGUGUGGAUUCUGCCGCGAGCUCAUUCGGCUGCGAAAAGAAGGGCAGGAUGCUUGGGACGAACGGUUUGAUCACAUUGACAACGAACAUUAUAAGCAGAAACAAAGCAUUGAUGUUUGGGUUCACCUAGAGGGGACCCUUACAGGGCAUUGUAUAGAGAAAGAAGAUAUGACAGGAGCCAUGUUGGAAACGUCUAAUGGAUUUGAGAUAGUUGAGGAUGUAGGCGAGAAGCCCAAAAGCAGCGACGGCGGAGAAGCAGAGCCGACAAGAGACAUGGAAUCUACCGUUCCGACCGCCAGUGCCACCGAGUCUAUUCUAUCACCUCUCACGAUUCCCAUUCGUAGACACACUCGCCGCUCGCCAGCUCCGGGGUCUCGUGGUCGACCAGGGGCAGCACUUCAAGUCUCUCUCGCACCGGCUACCAAGCGUAAACACGCCUCUACCAUGGCAGAUUCGCGCCCGGGUGACAAUGCUGUGUCUCAUCGCUCUUCAUCUUUCAACUCAGCGUCGACGAUGCCCGAUGGACAGCAGCGGAUACUCUCGCAGCAAGCAGCAGCGUUUGGCGGAAGGGGAAACGGCUAUUCCACGGCUGUCAACCCAUUUGGGCAGAACUAUGAUUAUGUUGAUGUAAACGGUCUCAUCCCUAUCAACAAUACAGUUCCGCCAUGCGCGAUUAUUUCUUGUUGCAAGUGUCCCUCCGGGACAAGUGAAUACAUGUACGAAGUCGCAGUAAGGUGUAUCCAAUGCGACCAUUCUCCUUGCGCCAAUUGCAAGUUUACAGUCUAAAUAUAUAUACCACCAAAUACUAUUGUAUAUCAACGUGCAUUGGUAAGCUCCUCGACGGUCGCGGCGCCCAUGCUACACUUUAUAUAUAUGGCUCUAUAUAUACCUUUUCGCUGGGAUACCAAGGUUAGAGGAUAUAUUAAACGAAUUUUGUCGUUUGUGUUUGGUUCUAUCUUCGAGCUUAGGAAGCUCUCCGCCCUUUUGGAUUUCUUCGCUUCUAACAGGAAUACAAACAGUGCGGUUAUGACUUUGUCAAAUUGGGAAAAAUUUUGUUCGUUUAUCUGGGAUUCGGAAGAAUGGGAUGGGGUGGGUAAUUGAGCACAUUUGAUCUUUGGCUCGCGGGAAUAUGACCUUCUGCCGUUAUUACGAUCUAAGUCUUGG